GAGUAAUAUAAGUAAAAUGUUAAAACCUACCAUUUGAGUUUGUGAUUACUCUAGCGGAAGCAAGGGAAAGGGCACCGGGGAUGAUGCACAAGUUGCCUCAGUUCAUUAGCCGGCUUUUCGCCAAUUUGACGAAAAUGGUUUUGGAUGUGGCACAGUGCAGAAGUCAAGGACGAGGAUGCAGGAGAGACGAGUAAUUAUGGUGUUGGGCAGGAAUGCUUAGAUAGGCUCUCGAUAGCGCUCGGUGGGAAUACAAUUGUCCCUGUGGCAUCCGAGCUGUUUCAGGCCUAUUUUUCUGCUCCUGAGUGGGAGAAGCAUCACGCAGCACUCAUUGCACUUGCACAGAUUGCAGAGGGUUGCUCCAAGGUGAUGGUGAAAAAUUUGGAACCAGUGGUAAAAAUGGUCUUGAAUUCUUUUCAACAUCCUCAUCCACGUGUGAGAUGGGCGGCAAUUAAUGCAAUUGGUCAGCUAUCAACAGACUUGGGUCCAGAUUUGCAAAUUCAGUUCCAUCAGCAUCUCAUGCCGGCUCUAGCUGCAGCUAUGGAUGAUUUCCAAAAUCCUCGAGUACAGGCUCAUGCAGCUUCAGCAGUGCUGCACUCCAGAAAUUUAGACACCUUACUUAGACGGGAUAGUGCACAAGCUUCUUCUGCUUCUUUAGAAUUCGAAGCAAAUGGCACAGGAGGGUGCCCUAACUGCUUUAGCUUCGGUCUGCUCAGCUAAAGCCUGAUGUGGUCAUUACAAUUGCUGAUUCAGACAAUGAAAUUGAUGAAUCAGACGAUGAUAGACUAGUGUCCUGGAGGAGAAGGCUACUGCUUGCAAUAUGUUGUGCUGCUAUGCUGAUGAAUUAAAGGAAGGUUUUUACCCAUGGAUCGACCAGGUUGCCCCAACAUUGGUUCCACUUUUGAAAUUUUAUUUCCAUGAAGAAGUUAGGAAGGCUGCUGUCUCAGCAGUGCCGGAGAGGUUGCGAUCUGCAAAAUUGGCUGUCGAAAAAGGAAUUGCUCAGGGUCGUAAUGAAACUUAUGUUAAGCAGCUGUCAGACUUCAUUGUUCCUGCUUUAGUGGAAGCCUCACACAAGGAACCUGAUAUAGAGAUCUGUGCAAACAUGUUGGAUGCGUUGAACGAAUGUAUACAGAUUUCAGGAUCUCUUUUAGAUGAGAGCCAGGUUAGAAGCAUUGUGGAAGAGAUAAAGCAGGUGAUCACAGCUAGCUCAAGUAGGAAAAAAGAGAGAGCCAAAGCUGAAGAUUUCGAAGAUGAGGAAGGAGAACUUCUUAAAGAGGAAGAUGAGCAAGAAGAAGAAGUAUUUGACCAAGUUAGUAAUUGACUAAUUGACUAAUUUUAUACUCAGGCUGCUGUAUAUGGACUCGGAGUGUGUGCCGAGUUUGGAAGUUCUGUGUUGUUGGAGGUAAAGUUGCCUCAAUGUGGCUCAUAGAAAGUAAAUUUCUGCUUGAUAUCUGAAUUCUGACCUUUGUUUGGACUCUUGUUCAGAGGCUCUUUCGCGGCUCAAUGUAGUUAUUAGGCAUCCCAAUGCUUUGCAGCCAGACAAUGUGAUGGCAUAUGAUAAUGCCGUUUCAGCUCUUGGAAAGAUAUGUCAGUAUCAAUGCCGGCCUAUUUUUUUCUUACUCUUAAGAAAAUGCAUAGUGUAAUUUUGUCUGAUUUAGUAUAUUGUCUUAAUCUGUAUGUUGUCACAUUUAAUUGAAUACUGUGCUAGUAUUUCCUUCGAUUAGUUCUAACUGUGCAAAGUUGCUCUGAUAGGUUGUUCCUGCCUGGUUGAAUUGUUUACUUUGCUCAAUGGUUGAAAGGUGAGGACAUGAAAAUUGCUCUUUCACGUAUACCACCUGUUUGUAUACAAUUUUUAGUUUCCGACUCAGCUGUCAUCUGCCUUUCCCAACAAUCAGCAUCUCCCUAAAACGGAGAUCCGUUUCGCGUUGAAACGGAGGAGAUUCCCUGUAGACUGUAUAUUACAAGAUCACCUGUGUUGCUCCCAAAAACUGGGGGAAUCUGGUCUUCUUUUUAUUUCUUUGUCAACAUUUGUGGUAUUUGAGGAUUGCCAUAGAGGCAAUUCCUGUCUCAAUUUUGGUCAUGCUCAUGCAUUUUUUUCC